AUGUCGGGCAUGAUAACAGCGACAACUUGGGUACCUCGAGGAAAAGCAGCGGCACAUCCUACGAAGUAUGAAUUCAACGAGGACGAAUAUGAACGAAUUGUGAAGGCUAGCAAGCUGGAAUUGGAUGAUGCUCGAGAGGGACUUGAGGAUGCGAAGCAGAGUAUUGCGAAAGCGAAUGGUGCAGCAGAAAGUGUAGCUGCCAGGGACACAGUGAAUGGCACCGAAGAGCAAGACGAGGUAGACGAGGAUGAAGAAGAUGACGAUCUGAAGGAGUACGACCUCGACAACUAUGAUGAUGAACCUCAAGCGAUGGAUGAGGACGGUGCAGAAGACGACGAGGAAGAGGGGAUGGACAAAAGCAUUUUUGGGACACUGGGAUCAUUAUCGUACUACAAGGAUAACAACGAUGAUCCUUAUCUGACACUGCCCACCACUGGAGAUGCGUCGGACGACGACGAGCGAGAAGAGCUGGAGAUCACACCUAGUGAUAAUCUAGUGUUGGCUGUGAAGGUCGAGGAUGAAGUCGCUGGACUCGAGGUGUACGUGUACGAAGACACUGGGUCGGGAAAUCUUUACACUCAUCACGAUGUCAUGUUACCCGCGAUACCACUAUGCGUGGAGUGGUUCGACACAAGACCGAACAAAGCGACCGAGUUUGGCAACUUUGCUGCAGUGGGUACAAUGGACCCGGAUAUCGAGCUCUGGGAUCUCGAUGUCGUGGACAACAUGUACCCAACAGCGAUCCUUGGUCAAUCAUCGCAAACAACUUCUGGAGCACCUAUGGAGCCGGCAAUGAAGAAGAAGAAGAAGAAGUCGAAGAAGGCCAACGAGCACUACCACGUCGACUCCGUACUAUCACUGGCGGCCAACCGCUCACAUCGCCACCUCCUCGCCUCAGCAUCUGCAGACAAGACCACCAAGUUAUGGGAUCUGAACACCUGUACAGCCGCACACUCCUACACCCACCACACAGAUAAGGUCUGCGCCCUAGCGUGGCAUCCAGCUCAAUCGGCUGUCCUCCUCUCCGGCUCCUAUGACCGUACGAUCGUCGCAGCUGACAUGCGCGCGCCCAACACUACAGUGCCGCGCUGGGGCGUGGAAAGCGAUGUCGAGCAGCUGCGCUGGGACCCUCAUAAUGACAACAACUUCUACGUGAGCACCGAGAAUGGCAUACUCCACUGCUUCGAUGCGAGGCACAUGCCCACAACACCUGAACAGAGCAAGGCAACGUGGACCCUACAAGCGCACGAGAAGAGCUUAUCCUCCUUCUCGCUCAAUCCUACAGUACCAGGCUUCAUAGCCACAGCGUCAACAGACCGCACAGUCAAGCUUUGGAACGUGACGGAGGCUGGGCCCUCAAUGGUAGUCUCCCGCGAUCUCGGCGUAGGCAAAGUCUUCUCCGCCAAUUUCGCGCCCGAUGAUGCUGUAGCAUUCCGACUGGCUGUGGCGGGUAGUAAAGGUGCUGUGCAGGUAUGGGACACGAGUACGAAUCGUGCUGUACGUGAGGCUUUCGCCACGAGGGUCCGGAUACCGGAGGUUGAUGGAGAGGCGAAGGAGAGAUUGGUCGGUGUAGAACUCGAUGAUGAGAUCGAGGAGGAAGAAGCCGAAGCAGAGGAGAAUGGAGGUGAGGGUGGAUGGGAGAGUAUGGAUGAGGACUGA